AUGGAAUCUCGGGGUCUGGUAAAGAAGACCGGCCAAGGACAGGAUCUGGUCUACAUUCUUCGGAAUGCCGCCGAGUCUUCAUCUCACUCCAUUAUAGCGGGGGACAUACUAGAAGACCCCUUGCCGACAGUCGUUUCCUAUUCAGAUUUGCUCCGCACGGCUUACGCAAAUGCUCAUCUUCUCCAACAGCUCUGCCCGCCAUCCGGUGGAAACGCUGAAAAACGCCGCGUUGUUCUGCUGUGCCUCGACAAUAUUCUGGAUACCAUUAUCUGGUUCUGGUCGGCCGUGAUUGCAAGACUCCUGCCGGCAAUCUCGACUGCGUCGGUUCUGAGCCCAACCGGUUAG